AUGUUGCCAUCUGCGGCCAUCCAGGAUUUCAGGGUCGUCAACGGCCUCGCAGGCCGGGGGAUCGUCCACGUUUCCGAAGAGGUCUUGGAUGCUGUUGCCACCAACAGGCCGGUUGUCGCGCUAGAGUCCACCAUCUAUACCCACGGUGCCCUUGGUAACGAUCUUGACCUCGAGGCCAUCGUCAGGAGGCAUGGAGCCGUGCCUGCCGUCUGCGGGAUCCUCAAUGGCGUCCCGACCGUGGGCCUGGCGCCGUCCGAAAUAGAGCUCAUGGUCCACGAAGGGGCUAAGAAAGCGUCAAGGAGAGACCUCGCAUAUCUGGUCGGCCUGGGCCUGACCGGGCAGAAGAUGCACGGCGGCACGACUAUUUCCGGGACUAUGAUACUGGCUCGCCUAGCUGGCAUUCGCGUAUUUGGUACCGGUGGCCUCGGCGGAGUCCAUCGUGGCGGCCAAGACUCGAUGGACGUCUCGGCCGACCUGACAGAGCUAGGUAGGACCCGCGUUGCCGUUGUCAGCAGCGGCUGCAAGGGAUUCUUAGACAUUCCCCGAACACUCGAGUUUCUCGAGACCCAGGGUGUUGCGGUGUCCACCUUUGCUGAUGGUCGGACGGGGAGCGUUGAUUUCCCGGCCUUUUGGACUAGAGAUAGCGGCGUAAAGAGCCCGUCUGUCGUUCAAGAUGAGAGCCAGGCUGCGGCCAUUAUAUUCGCGCAAGAACGGCUCGGAGUGGAAUCCGGGCUUCUCUUUGCCAACCCCAUCCCUCAAGAGCAUGCCAUCUCGAGGCCAGAGAUGGAAGCUGCUAUUAACCUUGCGGUUCGCGAAGCAGAUGAGAAGGGCUUCUCGGGAAAUGAGAACACUCCUUACGUCUUGAAGAGAAUCAAGGAGCUCACCGAGGGUCGUAGCGUCCCCGCAAACAAGCAUCUGGUGCAAGCGAACGUUGCUCGAGCGGCCAAGAUUGCGGUCGAGCUCUCCAAGUUUCUGUCUCCUAGUCCAGCCGGCGGGAAGACCAUGCAUGACCAUUCCGCGGAUAUUCUGAUGGCCGGUUCAGUCGCUAUAGAUUUAAGUUGUGAUUACACCGGUAGCGGCUCAGGGGCAGAUCCAAAAUCACUGUCCCCGGCGUUGCACACCUCCAAUCCUGCAACGAUAACGCAGUCAGUCGGAGGCGUCGGCCACAAUGUCGCAUUGGCUGCACACCGGAUCGGAGGAGACUCAAAGGUUAAACUCUGCAGCAUGGUGGGCCGUGACAUCGCCGGUGCGACCAUCCUCUCGACCAUCCGUUCGUCCGGUCUCGACACAUCCUGCAUCCGCCAGCUAGGCGACGAGCACCCGGGUUCCCGAACAGCGCAAUACGUCGCCGUCAACGGCGCCGACAAGGACCUCGUCCUCGCCAUGGCCGACAUGGGCAUCUUCACCGCCGGCGCCCCGUCCGCAGCCCACCACUGGUCCCCCGCUGUAACCGCCGCCCGGCCCCGCUGGCUCGUCGUCGACGCCAAUUGGUCCCCGCGCGACAUCCGCGCCUGGAUGGCCGCCGGCCGCGCCGCCGGGGCCCACGUGGCCUUCGAGCCCGUCUCCGCCGCCAAGUCGGAGCGCCUGUUCGCAACUACCACCACCGCCCAUACCGGCGACACGGGGCCGGCGCCGGGACCACUGGGCAUCUUCCCGCACCACACCCUCGACCUCACCACCCCCAACCAGCUCGAGCUGUCGGCCAUGUACGCGGCCGCCCGCGCCGGCGAGCACCUGGAUGACCCGUCGUGGUUCGCCGUCGUCGACGCCAUGGGCCUCGGCGCCACGGGCGCGCGAGACGCCUUCGUGCGGCUCGCGGGCCGCGAGGCCGCCGACGCGGGGGUGCCCGCCCAGUCGGUGCAGCUGCUGCCGUUCGUGCCGAUCGUCGUCGCCAAGAUGGGCGGCCGCGGCGCGCUCCUCACGCAGCUGCUCCGCCCCGACGACCCGCGCCUGCGUGACCCGGCCGAGGCGAGGUUCGUGCUCGGGAGGGGGAGGGCGGGCCACCCGUGCGUGGGCGGCGUGUAUAUGCGGCUGUUCGCGGCGCCGGUGGUGGGUGGUGGUGAUGCGGUGAGUGUUAAUGGUGUGGGGGAUACGUUUCUGGGAGCGCUGGUCGCGGGGCUUGCUAAGGGGGGGAGGGUUGAGAGGCUGGUGGAUGUGGCGCAGAGGGCGGCGGUGAUGACCCUCGGCAGUAGGGAGUCGGUUAGCAAAGACUUGGGGGCGCUGAGCGGGGAGCUGGAGAGGGCUGCUAAGGCGCAUUUGUGA